GGUAAGUCAAUUGGACUGCCUGACUACUUUUCUGCCACCGGUGAUGCCAGCAAUGCAUUAGAAAGUAACAUCUAAAAUGCGUUAACUGCCUCACAUUUUUCAAAAUGCAGUUUUCCCUCACGUGAGUACAUGGAACAAAAUUUAUAAUUGAAAAAAUUGAUUCACUCAACUAUUUUUUAUAUGCCAAGAUUCAAUAAACCGAUAUCAAAGUUCAAAAUCGAUGUUCAUGAUAUUUCAAAAAGCAAAGAUGAGACUUCCAAUUUCCUCCAGCAGGUGGCAGUGCUAAGCCGACUGGUUGUGGUUUAAUCAGCUGGCCGAAGCGUUCAGCGGUCACAUACGUCAUCCGAAUGAGCCACGCAGCCGGGGCAAAACAAACAACUAACUAACGCCUCUCCUUUUACGCCAGUGCAAGGAGCCCCAAGAGCCCCGUUUCUGUGUUUGUCCUCAGAGACGGUGUUGAAGUGACAUGGAAGUCAACUGAUGAGGAGCGAGGGGACUUGUGGCUCCCACCGGCGGGAGUAUUUGCAAGGAAAAAAAAGGUGACAAGUGGCGGUAAUAACACCUUGCAGUGCUGCCUCAGUUCCAGGGUGCAGAAAGCAGAACGCAUGUACCAUAUGAUGAUGUCAAAAUGGGACCCCCUCGAGAAAAUACUGAACAAACUGCGAAAUGUUAGAUUGUGGUUUCUCCAGUUCGGCGAAAAGGAAUAAUCUACCAAAGAAACUCCGCUGUCGCCGUAAUGUGAAGCUUAUCUGUGGGAGAUUUUGUGCAACUGGUUCAUCAUGAGACGAAGCCCAAGGAGACCCCUGAUCCUCAAAAGACGCAAGCUGCCCUUUCAGCAGAGCGCCGCUCCCGUGAGUCAGGAUUCGUCCCAAGCACAACCGGGGCGCUCGUCCUCCUCUGAGCGAUUCUCGGACACCGUGCGCGUCCUGGAUCACCCCAUCUUCCCCGGCACGCAGUUGGUGGUCAUUCCCAAGACGGCCGAGCUGCGCAGCGUCAUCGAGGCGCUGACAGUCAAGGGCAAGGAGCACGGCGCCCAGGGGCCCAACAAAUUUAUCCUCCUGGGUGAGAGCGGCAGCCUGGACUCAGGCUUGCUGAACAAGACUGCCCAGGAGCUCCUCUUUCCGGGGAGCGCGGUUGCACAGCAAGUGUCUCGGACCGCAGCAUUCACAGAAGUGAAACAACCGAAAAAGCAAGACGACGGCUGCCCAUUCGACGACAGCCUCACCAACAUGCAGUGGUUGGAAAGGUGCGAUGCUUUCCAGCCAGCGCCCGCCGACGACAAGUCCGAUAAGGAGAACCGGACUGCGGCCGCCGUGUUGGAAGGAAGACCUCAUACGCUGCAUUCUGUGCCUGAAGCAGCAUGCGGCUCACUCCCCGAGACCGGCACCGCCCCCGUUUCCCGCCCCCGAGACGGCGGGUCGAUAAAGCCGCCCUUCUCCUACAUGACCAUGAUCCAGUUUGCCAUCAACAGCAGGCAGGACGGCCUCAUGACCUUGAAGGAGAUCUACGCUUGGCUCCAGCAACACUUUGACUUCUUCAGGGACGAGAACAGGCGGGGCUGGAAGAACUCCGUCCGCCAUAACCUCUCCCUGCAUAAAAUGUUCAUCCGAAAGAUGUCACCCGAUGGGAAAGUGUCCUUCUGGACCAUUCGGCCUGAGGCCAAUCGAGGGCUCACACUGGAUCAGGUGUACACGGCCGGAUGCAACCCCGUGGCAGCCCCUGUUGCCCGACCUGUUCCGGCAUCGCCUCGCCAACAGCCAACGCUUCCUGUUGCCAAGAAAGCACCGACUGGCUCUGGCUCAUCAAAGCAGAUGAAACGGCUUCUCCCGCGGGCGCCCUCCUACCUGGUUCCCGUCCAGCUCCCCCUCAGCGCCAUUGUGUGUCCGCCUUCGACCCCUGCGGUCGGCCUUCCCGCUCGGCGCGCAGCCAGCAGCCUCUGCAAAGCCAAGAGGCGCAGAAACGCUCCAAAGGAACACGACCUUUCCAAAACGGCGACGUCAAUCGCGUCAAGAAGGAGCACGAAUGACGGCGUGCCGAUUGCGUGUGACCACGUGAAGGAUGAGGCACGGCGGGCCAAGGUGCCAAAAGUGGAGCCGGAGGAGGGGCGGGCGCGCCCAACGGCCCAGCGCAGGAGCCCCAAGAUGGCCGCCCGGAGACAGCAAGCCGGCGGCUCCAGGCGGAAGCAGCGCCUGGUGCGCACGCGGCACGAAGAACCGCUGCUGGUUUACUCGCAAAACUCGGACGGCGACUCGGGCAUCGCCACCUCCUCCACCUGCCUGGACGCCGAGCCGGACCUCCCGGACGGGUGGCUCCAUUCCUCCAAGACCCCCAUCAAAGCGGGCCGGCGCCUGGCCUCCUCCACGCCCAGCAAGCCGACGGCCGACAGCGGCGGCCAAAGCACGCUGGACUUCAGCCCCAUCCGCACGCCCGGCGGGCCCGCCCGCGCGCCCCCGCACGACUACACCGCCUUCAGCGUGGACGGAACCCCCUUCAAGGACUGGGCCCUCUUCUCCGACGCCGCGGCCGGCUCGCCGCCGGGCCUGCCGAGCGCCUGCUCCGGAGAGCUGCUCGCCGAGGGCCUGGUGCUGGACACCCUGAACGACAGCCUGAGUAAGAUCCUGGUGGACCUCAGCUUCGGCCUGGACGACGUUGGCGACCUGGGCUUGGCCGACGUCAGCCUGUCGGAGCUCAUCCCGCAGCUCAAGUAGCGCGCUUUCAGGCGGCUUGGCGUAUUCCAACUGGACCCCUUUUUUUUUUGUUUUGUUUUGCUUUACAGACGAAACGACGUCUUUGCAUUGACCCUUUUCAUCAUUCUGAUGCCUGCUCGACAGCGCUCGGAAUCGCUUUUUGUUCUUCUGAAGAACUGCCACACUGACACUUUUGUUUGUUCCGACAAAUAUCUUUGGGUAUUGAUUUGCACGUUUUCUUAUUUAAUUUUGCGGGUCCUCCGUUCGGUUUGGAGGGGGGGUGGGGGGGUUGGAAUGCGGUGCGGGCUGUUUAGCAAUAAGCCGUUUCAAUUGCACGGCGCCGUCAAGAGCACCGCUUGGUGUUACCAGCAGUUGGGAUUGUGUUUGUGUUCAAGAGUACAGAGAAGCACAAUAAAACGCGUUGGUGCCUC